UUAAGGGAGUAGAAGAAGUGUGUAUGAAAUUUAGCAGCCACUAAAAUAAAUUUGGACCCGCAUUUUGACCCGGGGUCAGGAAAAAGAAAAUCCAGUCCAUGAAUGAACCACGUUGAAGUUGAAGUUGACGACGGGUCAUAAGAUUGAUCCUGUGAUCAUCUGUCACCGUUCAGUUUCUCACUCUUGUUAUUGCUCUCUCCACUAACUUCAUUAUGCUGAUUAGAUAUUUCUUUAAUAUUUAACAGAAUCAAAUAAAGAAUAUUUCACUUCUCAGAUUCUCAAAUCAAAGGUUCCUUUCCUUUCCUUCCUUCUUCUCUCAUCAACAAUUAUUAAAUAAUCACUUCAUACUAAUAAUAAUCACUUCCUUCAAUUUUAUCCCCAAAUCACUCAACCCUAGGGUUUCAUGAUUGAUCUUCUAUAAAAAGAGCUUAAUUUCUUCACAAAUGGAUCCUCGUUUCAGCUCCAAUUACACCAACGGUUUCAAAUCAAACCAAAUUCCAACUACACUCGAUGGAUUCAUAGAUAACCCUUUUCUUCAUCCACCAAAUGAUCCAAACACUGAAGAAGAUUCUCCAUUGGAUGAAACUGAUUUUUCUGCCACAGUUCUUCGUUACAUAAACCAAAUGCUUAUGGAAGAAGACAUGGAGAAAAAACCAUGUAUGUUUCAUGAUUCAUUGGCUUUACAAGCUGCUGAGAAAUCAUUCUAUGAAGUCAUUGGUGAGACAUACCCUUCUUCUAGUUCUAUUCAAAAUCAUCACAAUGUGGAUAGUCCUAAUGAUAGUAAUUUUAGUAGUUAUAGCAAUUGUGGUACAACUACUAGUAGUAGUAAUUCUGUUGAGUUUGAGUCUUAUUGGAGUAAUUUUGAUGUUUCUGAGUAUAAGCCUUCUAUACUGCAAACCGCGUUUCCUGCUGAUUUUGUUUUUCAGGCAAGUUCAAUGAAUGGUUAUGGUACUAGUACUACUAGUACUGGCAGUAGCAAUUUCGGUGUAACCAAUAGUGGAUUUUCGGUUAGUUCUAGGGAUGGAUUUCCUGAUUCGAACUUGUUUAGUAAGAGUGAGUCUGUACUGCAAUUUGAGAGGGGUGUGGAGGAAGCUAAUAAGUUUCUUCCGAAAGCGAAUCCCUUGGUUAUUGACUUGGAGAAUAACCACCCUUUUAUCCCUUCUUUUAGGAAGGUUCCUCAGGAGGUAGUGGUUAAGACGGAGAGUAGUGAGAGGGAGCAUUUUUCUGUUGAGUCUAGGGGGAGGAAGAAUCACGAACGGGGAGAUGAAACGGAUUUACAGGAUGAGAGAAGUAACAAGCAGUCGGCUGUUUACACUGAUGACAGUGAAAUAUCGGAGCUGUUUGAUAAGGUGUUGCUUGGCACAGGGUGCAGAAAGGAGGGAGAUCCUAAGGAAGAGAAGCCUAAUGAACAAGUUACGGGUGUGCAGCAGAAAGAAGAAGCCAACAAUUCUGGUGGUGGAAAGAGUCGUGCUAAGAAACAAGGCAACAAGAAGGGUGUUGUGGAUUUGAGGACAAUGUUGAUUCUGUGUGCACAAUCUAUUUCUUCUGAUGAUCGUGUAACUGCUAAGGAGUUAUUAAAGCAGAUAAGGCAACAUUCUUCUCCACUUGGUGAUGGAUCUCAGAGGCUGGCACAUUGCUUUGCAAAUGCCAUUGAAGCACGCUUGGCUGGCACUGGUACUCAGAUUUAUACUGCCUUAUACUCCAAAAGAAACUCUGCUGCUGACAUGGUGAAAGCUUAUCAAAUGUAUAUUUCAGCUUGUCCGUUCAAGAAGCUUGCUAUCAUUUUUGCAAACCAUACAAUUUUGAAUCUAGCCAAGGAAGUGGAAACUCUUCACAUUGUAGAUUUUGGCAUCCGUUAUGGCUUCCAAUGGCCUGCCCUUAUUUAUCGUCUAUCCAAACGACCAGGUGGACCUCCCAAACUGCGCUUGACAGGGAUAGAGCUCCCUCAACCUGGCUUCAGGCCUGCAGAGAGAGUCCAGGAGACAGGGCUUCGCCUGGCAAGGUAUUGUGAACGUUUUAAUGUUCCAUUUGAGUUUAAUGCUAUUGCACAGAAAUGGGAAACCGUCAAAGUUGAGGACUUGAAGAUACAGAAAAAUGAACUUCUUGUGGUGAAUUGUAUAUGUCGGUUUAAAAAUCUACUUGAUGAGACAGUAGUAUUGAAUAGUCCCAGGGAUGCUGUUUUAAAAUUAAUUAAGAAUGCAAAUCCCAAUAUCUUUAUACAUACUACUGUCAAUGGGAGCUAUAAUGCCCCAUUCUUUGUGACACGGUUCAAGGAGGCUCUUUUCCAUUACUCUACAAUGUUUGAUGUGCUUGACGUCAAUGUUGCUCGUGAAGAUCCAAUGAGGUUGAUGUUUGAGAAAGAGUUCUGGGGGCGGGAGGUAAUGAACACUAUAGCUUGUGAGGGUUCUGAGAGGGUUGAGAGGCCAGAGACAUACAAGCAAUGGCAGGUCCGGAACAUAAGGGCUGGAUUUAGGCAACUGCCCUUGGAUAAACAUCUCAUUAACAAGUUAAGAUGCAAGUUGAAAGAUGUGUAUCAUAGUGAUUUCAUGCUUGUUGAAGAUGGCAACUGCAUGCUGCAAGGUUGGAAGGGCCGAAUAGUGUACGCUUCAUCCUGUUGGGUACCUGCAUAGGCCUCGACAAUGCUUCUCAGGGAGUUUAGGAGUAGCAUUGCUUGAGUUUGUAGCAGGAAUCUGGCAAACAUAACUUGGACUUCUUAAUAGUUCUAGAAGCUGACCCCUGCCAAUGGAAUGGUAUAACACAGUUCAGUUUCAGUACCUGCAACAUUUUUAUUUGGUUAAGUUUGUGUAUAAUGUAACUAAUGCUAUGUAAAUGAUGUAUUUAGAUGCAUAUUAGUUUAACUUUUCCUGUAUUUGGCAGUCAUUAAAGAAGUGGAAUCUUGAGUAACAUGUAAGGUCUAAAAAUUGAGCUACCAUGAUAUAUUUUCUACUAAGUGUAUGUUUGGUUAUCAGUUGCAACGAGUAGAUGCAUGUCGAAAAAGGUCAAGCAUGAGUUUUCUUUUCUAAAUGGUGUUUGGGUGGUUGAAGAUAAAUCAAUUUCAACAACCCAAAAUCGAUUUCAACUGAAGCCAAUAUUCGUAGAUUUUCAUGGUGACUGCGCAAAUCGGUGCUUGCAAUUUUUUGUGGGAUUUGACAGUUAUUGAUGGAUAUAACAGUUACACAUCUUCUCUCUAUUCCUUUCUUGUCCUUGAUAAGUGUCAUCAAUAACUUCUACCAAUUUUGUGCUUUUUUACUAUUGGCAUCCCUAUGUCAUGAAUUCACCAACUUUCAAUCAUUGUUUUUGCAAAAUCCUCCAUUUGGUGAACUAUAAUUAAAUAUCAGAAUUUAUAUUACCAACUCUAUAUUACUGGCCUGAUAUGUAUUUGCUCUUAGAAGUUCUUUCAUUUUGCAACUAGUGGUAUUGGAGAGUUGCAGACAACAACUUCUUUAGAGGUAGGUAAACUUGAAAACUGCUCUGUUUAUAUUUUCUUCAUCUGUGAUAGUUUGCAAUAAUUUCUUUUUGGUGAUUGAUAAAGUGUAUUUUAUUUUAGGCUAAAUUGUGAUUUUUACCCCCUAAAUUUCAUAAUAGCAUUUUUGGUCUCCUAACUUUAGCCUCUUUUGCAAAAGGCUGGUCCCCAACUGAUUUGGCCUAGUCAACGCACACGUGAACAAUGACUCCAUAUCACGUCAGCAUGUCUUGCCGUCUAUGCAAUUAUUAAAAAACAAAAAUCAGCAUAAUUUAUACCUUCCAAAAAAAAAUUAGCAUAAUUUUUAAAGAAAAGCCAAUUUACCUAUUGUUGGUAAAAGAAACAAGUGUACCAAACCAUUUCAUUUGGUGGGGUAUCUAGAUGCUGUCUUCAAACAAAUCUAACAAACAUUGGAGACUUGUCUCACUCUUGACCACGUUGAAGAAGGAAAAAAGUUUUACCAACCGUAAAAAUGAUACACUGUACAUUGUUUGCCCAUCACGCCAAAUUCACAUGACUAUUGUCUUUGACUAUAGUAAUUUAGUGUCCACCUAUGUUUUAUCUUUUGACAACAUUGCCAUCAUGCUACUUCUUCGAAGAUCCGUGUAUUAUCCAUCUCAAAUAUUUGUAUUAUUAUAUGCUUUAGUCAAAGAUGCUAUAUGCUUUAGUCAAAGAGGCUGCUUCUCUAUAAAGAAUAAGCACCACAUCAUAACCAAACGAGAGCAUCUCUCUGAAUCUCCAAACUUCAAUAGAGCCCUUAUCUUGUAUCAAGCAACAACUCAG